AUGGUGUCGUUCAUGAACGGUGACGGCGACCCCGAGACAGUUUACAAACGGAGACGCACGACCGGUGCAUCCCCUCCUGCAGAAGCGCUCACAUCGGUCCAGCAGCGGCACACAGCCCGGCACAGGAAACAGAAACUUAUGUCCAGGUUGAGUGACUCCGGUUUCGAGGAGGACUUGGUAUCCUCCCCGAUUCCAUCCCCCGCACGGACAGUUCUGUCCCCGCUGCGAUUAGACGAACCGGACACUCCUACAGGACCCCAGCUGUCCUUCUGGUACCUCCAGUAUGGUGACAUCGGUUACAGGAUCCAGAGGGAAAAAGAGGCGCAGUUUCAUCCCUGCAAGAGCCUGGCACGACAGCCACAAUUGACUGCAGAGGCACGCUGCAAGCUUGUCAGCUGGCUCAUCCCUGUGCACAAACAUUUCCGUCUGUCGUUUGAGUGCUGUUGCCUGGCAGUGAACAUCAUGGACAGGUUCCUGGCAUCCACACCUGUGGCCGCUGACUGCUUCCAGCUACUGGGUGUCACUGCGCUUCUCCUCGCCAGUAAACAGGUGGAGGUGUGCUCGCCAAGGAUCAGCCAUCUCUUGUCAUUGUGCUGCAACGCCUUCAAUAAGGAGCAGCUCUGCAACCUGGAGUGUUUCAUCCUCCUCCGACUCAACUUCUGCCUCGCUGCUCCCACCCUGUCCUUUUUCCUGGACUAUUACACCAAGUGCAUUGAGGCUGCCAAGCUUGUGCCUGGGAAUACAGGUGAUAAUAUGCCUGCAAGAGUGAAACCAGACACAAGGCCCGGGCAAUGCAGCACCCUUGCGCGAAAGGUGUGCGAAUUGACUCUAGCAGACUAUGCUUUCAACAAGUAUCCCCCAUCUUUGACUGCCAGCUGUGCACUGAGGCUCGCAAGUGAGUUACAGAAAACUGAACAGGCUCUUGUAGAGCCAACAACGCAUGCAUCCAUCCAGUCCCAGGAUGACCAGUGGGACAGUUUUAUGGAUGAACUGUCUGAAAGCAGUCAUUCACUUGCAGACAGUGACCCUGAGCUGUCUGAGGGCUGCUCGCUGGCAGUGGAGAGUUAUGACACCAAUCUGGCCCAGGAGUGUAAAGACAACCUGAAGCUGCUGGUGUCACUUAACCAAGAAACAUUGGAGGUGAUGUCUAAUAUGUGA